CGCGCGCGUAUUGCGAAUCGCGCGAAUAUCGAUGCCGGGAGGCGCCGACGACUUUAAGACGGCUCUCACAUCAUGUACAAAAGUACAAAAAAAAUCUGACGAUUGCAAACAUCAUUCCUUCGCAGCGUUGAAGAAAAAUUUUCCUAUUUCUUCCCUAAUCCAUUCAUUUCUGAAGAUUUCUGCGAACGAUAUUCAGCGUUCUGCGUGUGGGCGAUGGAAUUAUGAAGUCAAAUUCCACCUUGCUCCAGUCAAUUGAUGAAACUUGGCGUAUUCGCGAGGGCCUGCCCGUGGGGUGAUAUCCAGUCGGGUAAGAGAGUCUCGUCUGGUCCGCGUCGAUCAUUACCUGACGGAGCGCGGAGCCGCGUCGAGGACGCGCCGGGAAAGGAAGAUGAGGAUUCACCCGUUUCGUCCCGUUUCUCCUCGUCCUGUCCGGCGUCACUGCGAACACUGAGGGAACACGCCGCCGUCCCCGUAUCUCACCUCGUCGGGAGGGAGUCAGGUCCAUGUUCGCAAAGCGCGUCGGCGAGUCCCCUGGAUCUGGUGGAUUCCGUCGGAGCGACCGGCUGCUCGGCACCAGGUCCAGGCUUUUAUCAGCGGUUAAAUAGAUAGCGACCGUCGGCUCGCCUUGGCGACCGGCCUUGGGCGACCAACUACCACGUCAUC